AUGAAACUCCCACAGCAAGUCUACCUCGACUUCGCCUACAGCGAAGCACUCAUUCGACUCGAACCUCCUAGCUUCUCAUUUCUCCUCAAGCGAGAACGAACCUACCUUCCCAGCACCAUGCACCACUGUGUUCUCGAAUACCAGCGACCACACUUUCAAUUUGUCAUUCAACUUGCCAUGUUCUCCCCUGCUUCCGACGCCGCCCCCCUCGUGCCUUCGGCCACCCCCCUUCAAGUGAGCCGCAACUAG